AUGUCUGUCAUUCUUUGCACCGCCGGAUAUGACCAUACGAUAAGAUUCUGGGAAGCCCUAUCAGGGAUCUGCUCCCGCACAAUCCAACACCCCGAAUCACAAGUCAACCGGCUCUGCAUCUCCCCCGACAAGCGCUUCCUAGCCGCCGCAGGCCACCACACCGUCAAGCUCUACGACAUCAAGUCGACGAACCCUAACGCCGUUCUCACCUUCGAGGGCCACACGGGCAACGUGACGGGCGUCGCAUUCCACUGCGAGGGCAAGUGGAUGGUGACGAGCUCCGAGGACGGCACCGUCAAGAUCUGGGAGACGAGGAGUGGUACGAUCCAGAGGAGCUACAACCACUCGUCCCCCGUCAACGAUGUCGUCAUUCAUCCGAACCAGGGCGAGAUUAUAAGCUGCGAUAGGGGUGGGAGCGUGAGGAUCUGGGAUUUGGCUGAGAACAGCUGCUCUCAUGACAUUAUCCCUGAGGAGGAUCAGUCGGUCGCCAGUGUCACCGUUGCUAGUGACGGUUCACUCCUCUGUGCUGCGAACAACUCGGGCAACGUCUUCAUCUGGAAACUAGCCCAAAGCCUCGAACGCACAAACAUCCUCCCCAUCGCCCAAUUCAACGCCCACAAAGAAUACAUAACCCGCAUCCUCCUCUCCCCCGACGUCAAGAAGCUCGCCACCUGCAGCGCCGACCACACCGCCAAAAUCUGGGAGGUUCGCGACAUCGAACCGGGCCAGAUGGACCAGCUGGGCCCCCAUCCCUACCCUCUCGAGGCCACCCUGACGGGCCACCAGCGCUGGGUCUGGGACUGCGCCUUCUCGGCCGACUCCGCCUACCUCGUCACUGCCUGCUCCGACCACUACGCCAGGCUGUGGGAACUCUCGACGCAGACCAUCAUCCGACAGUACAAUGGGCACCAUCGGGGAGCCGUGUGCGUCGCGCUCAAUGACUAUUCCGAGGCUAGGGAUGUGGAGGCUUCUUCUUCUACGGCGGCGGGUGAGGAGGGGGUGAAAGACGAAGCCGAGGGCGAUGGGGAGAAUAUUAGCAAGUCAUAG